AUGACGACCUCCCCUCAUGUCGGAGUCCCUCAGACUAGUGCUCAACCUGCGCGAGACUCCCCUGACUCGAUCAGCCAGGAUAACUUGUCGGUGAACAACUUGAAGAACCUUCUUGACGUUACCAAAGAAAGCGAACCGGAGGAGAGUCAGGCAAACGAGCAACGACAACGAGCCCACUGA